ACGGCAUCAACAUUUCGAAUUUCAUUUCAACAGUGAAGACAGCGUCGAAUGGUUCACAGAACAUUGAGGAAAUCGUUUUCUUUUCCUUGAAAUAUUGUCGUUCUCUUAAAUUGGUUUGGUUUUUAAAACGUUGUCUUUGAAUAGAAACUGUUUGUGAUGUCGAGAAAGGCUCCACGAAAACGGAAAAUAAAUGCCGUUACCGAUGAGGAGCUAAUGCCUCCUCCCUCGAUGCCAGUGUCAAAAAGGCAAAAAUCAUCAAAACAGGCGUCGAUCCACAAUGUAAGUGUAAUAAGCGAUAUCAGCAACCUCAGCAACAUCAGUAGCAAUGGGAGUACACUGCAAACGCAGAACAAAUGCGGUCCAUUAUCAAUCAUUUUUGAAAAGGCACAAGAAAAUGAAACUCUUCACAAUAAAUAUUUCAAAGAGUUGACCAAUAUCUACGAAAAAAUGGAUCAUGCCGUUUUCAUGCGAUAUUUUCUGAAAGGCAUUCGUAUUUGGAUGAAAAUGGAUGAAUCCAAUUCUUACGCUAACGUCGGAUUAGGCUUUUUGGCCAAGUAUUUGUCAUCGCUGCGAUGCGAUGACCCAGAUACUAUUACGCAUCCAAUUCUCAAGUCAACUUUUGAUUUUUUGCUGAAAAACAUUAGUUUGGUGACCAAUGUACGCUUCCGGAUUUGUCAGUUUGUCAACUUGUUACUGGCGUCAAUGAGCUCCGAAGCAAACAUUGACGAUGACAUUUUUGACGAAAUUCUGCGAUACAUGAGUGAACGAAUGAAAGAUAAUUCACCAGCCGUUCGCGUACAAGCGGUUUGCGCUUUACAACGUCUUCAGAUUCCAGAGAAUCCCGAUGACAGCGUUGUUCGAUUGUAUUCAUAUCACCUAAGCAACGAUCCGUCGGUUUUGGUCCGACAGGCCGUCCUCAAGUCCAUUGGCCGUAAUGCAUUGACAGUGCCAAUAAUACUGGAACGUUUAUGGGAUGUUGAUGAGCGUGUACGGCGUCGCACUUAUUUACAAAUGAGCAGUCACCCGGUCAAAAGCUACAAAGUCGCUCAACGUCUAAUGUUACUCGAGCAAGGGCUCAACGAUCAUUCAGAAUCCGUUCGCAAAAUUGUACACAGUGUCUUGUUACCUCAAUGGCAUCAAUCGUACAAUCGACAGUACCUGCAAUUGAUUUCGGCAUUGAAAUUGGACGCCAAUCCAGAGGAAAUACAGCGCUUUGUAAAAAUCACCAAGAAGGCCUUGUUUAUUUUGUUCAAGAACGAUUCGAUCGAUAAAUUACUAGAUCAGUUGCCAUUAAGUACGAGUGGAGAAUUCGUUAUGUGCAUACCGUUUGAAAAGUUGACGGUUGAAUUGGUAGUAUUCUGGUUGGCUGUCGUCGAAUUUGUUCAACAAACUGACACAAACGAAGACGAUGAAGACCAAUUGCAGCAUGUAAUCUGCGAACUGUCCACAUUCUGCGAAUAUCUAUCAAAAUACAUAAACUACAUAAAAGAAUCAGCCACAGAAGAUUCUGAUUCAUGGAACGAUCAAGAGAAUCAGUACAAAUUGCAUAUUCUCAUUGAAAUCUUGCUGAAAUUUGAUCUGGGAGACGAAAUCGGAAGACAAAACUUGAAUUCAUUCGUAUCAAAAGUGUUAUCUACACAAAUUCUUGGCGAAAAUGUUGUCCAAAAGCUGGUGGACUGUGUGGAAAAUCUCAUACCCGACGCAAACACACGAUUGCAAUACUUUAUCGAUAUAAUUCGUAGUAUAAUUGAACCAAGCUCAUCGAUCGAUGUGUCCGAUCCAUCUAUAACAGCACUGCUCGAUAGCAUCAAAGAUCCCGAAAUCAAAGUGAAAAUCGGACAACUGAAAUUGCGUAUCAUGGAAUUGCGUGAACAAGAAAAUGAAUUAUCAAAUGCCAAAGAUUAUGCAAUGUUGGAGAAAACGACCGAAGAUUUGGCCAUAUGCAAUGAAGAAUUUCUCAAUAUUUUGAAUGCAUACACAUCAACUGAUAAUUCUGAAUUGAACAACACCGUAUUGACAUCGCUGAACUCGAAAAAAGUAUCCAAGGAAUGGAUUCUGCAUUGCCUCGAGAUCUGUUUCUUUACUGUUUGUUCGAAGCGCACUACUUCAUUGACACCAAACAUGUUCAAAUUGUUUGAGGACUUCGUUCGACGACACCUGAAAUCACAGCACAUGGAAAUUCGUGAUCGAGCUCUUAAAUGCGGUAUUGCAUUUAGCAUGCUGUAUCAAUCACUGGCAAAAGUUGUUCACGAAGAAUUAUAUCAGCAGUUUGUGCGUCACCACCAACCACGUCUAUGGACAACAGCUGUGAACGGGAUCUGUGAAAUGUUCGACAAAUACGGCAUUGAGUACUUUGCUUAUGACACGGACAGUGAAAAGCAGGAUAGUCUCAAAUCGAAAAAGACACGGCAGUUGUACAAUGUGUCGUGUGAUCCAGAUGAACAGGAAGAAAGCCAAGACAAUGGAAAGAAUGGAACAAAUGUGAUGUAUUUGUUCGCCCAUCUCUUUGAUACCUGUCAAGAAGCAACGAUUAGCAUGGCAUUGGCCACCGGUUUUUGUCGAUUGAUUUUGGGCGGACAUUACGAAACCAGUGAGCUCAUAUCGAAGAUUAUCCUGAAAUUCUUCAAUCCAACCACAUGCACGGAAAUCAAUCAAAUUCUCAGCGUAUUCUUUGAAACGCUUAUACAACGCGGUAAACAAUCGUGUUUGGAAAGAGCACUACUUCCAACAGUGUUCACAAUACUGGAUGCACCUCAUGAAAGCCCCUUGCGCGAGAUUAAGGCCGAAUCAGUUAUCAAAUUUGUCAUCAAUUCAACUAUGCCGUCGUCACAUAGUUCCAGCACAAACAUUCACAACACGAUUGCUCGGUCGUUUUUGAAAAAUAUGCACGAGCAUUUAUCGAAUAAGGAACUGCUGAAAGUUCUAUCGAAAGAAUUGCAAUCCUUAGAUAUCGACCCGAGUCCAGCACUCAAAGAUGAACUGAAAGAAUUGGCCGAAAGUUUGUUGGACAAAUCGAUAAACGAUAGCAAAGUCGAGAGUUACAUCAAAGUCUUCAUUAAUAUGCUGAACGGUACAUUCACAAAACCGAAUCGAUCAACUGCAAACAACUUGGAGGAAGCGGGCUCAGAUGAUGAGCAUUCAGUGGACGAGAAUAUCGAACAGAAUCCAAUUGAUGAAUGUGUAAUUGAUUCAACAAGUCAACCAGCUGCCAUAGAACACGACAUUCUACUGAUAGAUGGUGCUAAUAACAAGUCGCCGGUGCCAUCCACGCAAUCAUCAGAUAUUGACCAGGCCAAAGACACUGCAGAUGAUGUGGAACAAGCUCAAAACAGCAGUAUCUCGUCGGAUGAAGAAAGUUUUGUGAGCAGUGCCAGUAAAUCCAUUUCCAAAACUAAAAGCAAAAGAAACACACCAUCGAAAUACAACAAGAAUAAGCGAAAUUCAACACAAAACGAGGAGAUUCCAGACGAAAAUGAAAACUGUGACAGCUUUGUCGUUACAUCAACUCAGGAGCAGUCUGAUGAUGAAGUUAUUCCAAAUACACCCACCGCAUCUCCAAUCGUUCCCUCUAGAACUUUGCGAAAAGAAGCAAACCCAAAGAAUAAUGAAAAAUCCAAAUCUGUUCCACAGAAGAGUUCUGCCAGAAAGAAUGUAGCACCAAAAUCUUCUCCUGCACAACCAACGCAAGAUAGACGAAAACGUCAUCGCCUAUCACAGGCACAUGUUCGAUUGGAACGGCUCCAUAUGGAAUCAAGUGAAAAUGUGAUAGUGCAUCGAACACGGAAUGCGCUGGUCGCUGAAUUCAAAGAAAAGAACAUCAUGACACGUAAUCGAAGAUCCUUGGAACAAAUCAAAAGUCCAACACAACGUGUGGAACACUUGAAGAAGUUAACACCGACUGCCACAAAGUCGCCAAAGAAUAAUUUAUCACUGUCGCCAAGUGUAACACCACUUCCAAAACGACGAAGCGUCUCAGAUCGAUCAUCUCCCAUCCCCGUAAGUCUUAAAUUGCUGAGCGAUCGCAAUGCCUCAACAAAAACAAACAGUCGACAAACAGCCAGUUCUCGAAUCCCAACCAGAACCGCAUCCAAUUCGUCAGUAUCAUCAUCGUCUGCGUCACCAACAACGAGAAAAACAGCAAAAAAGUUGGUUGAAAAUAGUAGUCGAGGCAGAAACAGCAGCAUCAGCAGCAAUACUAACAGCAAAAGCAACAACAGCAGCAGCAACAACAAAAAUACCAAUACUUCGUCACAAUCAACAACAAAAUCGAGGCUCCCUCUACGGAAGAGCAAUCGAAGCGCUUCCCAAGUGUCAAUACGAAAGAAAUAAUGACGAAUUCGAUUUGAUGAAGAUUUUGAUGAAUGAGGAAAUCAUGUUUCAUUUUUCAUAAUAUAGCUAGAGUGUGAAACCGAUCGUUUGGAUCAUAUUUAAGAGUUUUGUUGGAAAAGAAUCCGAAACCAAUAAAAUUAGCCUGACUAUUUCUGUAAAUUCAACCGGGGUAUAUGAAUUUGAUUGAAAAACAAUGUUGAUAUAUGUAUCACGAAGCGUUUUUAGAGAUAUUUUCAAUUCAAAAGCGUAAUCUGUAUCUCGAAGUAGAAUCAAUUAGGACAAAAUAAAAACCAUUUUCUUUUCAAAAA